UCUAACUGAACGCAACUUUUCGUUUGAUAUAAAUGUUGAAUUUCAUUUCACACAUAUUACUUUCUCACUUUCCCUUCACAGGAUUUGCUCACCCUCCAGAUGGAUGCUGCAUAGACGCUCUGAAUGCUUUCUGCUCGCUCGCUGUCAUCCCUUACUGACUUGGAGGCGCGCAAACCGUCGCGCGAUGCUUUUUGACAAGUCACGCGCGCCCGCGAAAAAAAAGGCGCGCUUAAUCUGGCGGUACAUGGGAUUGGGCGGGAAGAGAGUCAGUUGAGGAAACACGGGAUUGGGCGAAUGGAAGAGUCAAACCGCUGCUGUCUAUGACUCAGAUGAAGAGAAGAGACGAAUCCACUUCACUUUACCUCAGCUGAACGGAGGAAAGAGACCUUAUUAUUGACCUAAUUGGAAUUAAUAACAGUUUGGGGCAAAUAAGGAAGAAUAUUAAGGAAAAUUAUACUAUUUAACGAUGGCUUUCAUGGUAAAACACGUUGUUGGCGGUCAGUUGAAGAAUCUGACAGGAGGUCUGACAGAAGAUAAAUCUGACGGAGACAAAUCCGACGCCGCUAAAGGAAUGACACAAGAAGAGUUUGAGCAGUACCAACAACAGCUAGAGGAAGAAAAGCAGGAGCGAGACGCCAGUUUUGCCCAGAAGAAGGCAGAGAGGGCGACAGUCAGGUCUCACUUUAGAGACAAAUACAGGUUGCCAAAGAACGAGCUGGACGAGACUCAGAUCCAGGCAGCAGCGGACGACGUCGAGCUCCCCACCGAACUGGCCAAGAUGAUCGCUGAAGACAACCAGGAGGAGGAACAGAAGCAGUCUGUUCUGGGUCACCUGACCAACAUCCAGAACGUGGACAUGGGUCACCUGAAGGACAAAGCUCAGGCCACACUGGAGGACCUGAAGAGCUCAGCGGAGAAGUGCUGCGUCAUGUGAUCUCACUGCAUCCUCACACCUGGACACGGUUCUUCUGUCCUCAUCCCUGUAUCUCCUCCACACACACACACACACACACACACACACACACACACACACAUACACUCACAUACACUCUCUCUCUCUCUCUCUCUCUCUCUCUCUCACACACACACACACACACACACACAUACACUCA